AUGAGCAGAAGAAAGUUGAGAGCAGUGGAAUACGAUCGGGAUUAUGUCAAUUUUGAUGACGACUUCGAGAUCCGUCGUCUCAUCGCGACCGUCGAAGAAGUGCAUCUGAAAAAUCGUGGCGAGAAUUGGUCGGCUCAAAUGAUGGACGAAACUGAUACAUCGAAAUGGACGGCUGAGUUGGAGACAUAUUUCAGAGAUCUCGGUGCACCAGAUGGGUGUUCGAGAGCAGCCGCAGUCGAUUAUGUGCUGAAUGCGGCGGUUGCGAAGAUUUAUGAGCAGAAAGGUGGCGACACUGAGCUCUCAUCGAAACGGCUCAAAGAUCAAGCGGAAAAAGUGCUGGAAGCCCAUCGAGACUCGCAGAAUCCGAUGAAUCGACUCGACUACUCCUCCCCAAAAUUCGCUGAAAACGCGCGAGCACUCUGCUCGAUUCUGGGAAUCUCUGAACAUCAUCCGGAUCCGAAGGUUCUGAUGAAAGCGGCGUGUUUGUAUAUUACGGAGAAUUUGUCGGACGAUGUGAUUGGCGAGGAAACGGACGAGGUGUUGAAGGGAAAGAAGCUUCUCGACAUCAAAGACUUCCCGAUCGGAAUGGAAGUUCCAAAGAACGGAGCCGCCCAUUUCUCGGCUCGACUCCUUCGACUCAUAUGUUUGAGUCAGUUGAGAGAUGUCUCGAAAAUGAUCAACGAAACCCUUGUCGAAAUUCAAAAUCUAACGAUGGAUAUGUCGAAACGUGCCGAUUUGAAACAGGUUCAAUACGGACAUUAA